AUGGCCACCCAGACAUUCCACCAGUUUCCCAUGCUGCCUGGAGAGAUACGAGACCAAAUAUGGGAUCUCGCAGUUCGCCCGCUCGGCUUCCGAGGCGUCCACAUCUUCAUCUAUAUCGAUGAACACGCCUACGACGGCCAUAAGCCUACUUCUAACACUUUCCCUCGGCACCUAGCAAAGAAGAUGUGCGGCGAUCCUCACCGGUUCGUUGGCGCACCGACUCCCGCCAACGAGACAUCGCCGCGCUCUUGGACCGCGGGAAAUCCGUCAACCUACGCCGUCGACGGAGGCCUCCUCACCGCCUGCAAAGAGUCUUACAUGGCAAUGUGCCGUCGCUAUGAUAUCUACAAAUGGUCCAAGUAUGUUGACGCUUGUCCCAAAGUGAAGGACCCGAUACAUUAUUCGUAUCUACAGGUAUGGGACAUCGUAACGAUGCCUGAAUGGGUGAUAAAGGAUUUCCUACCAUUUGCACCCCGGCUAGUCGGGAGCAGCAGGGUCAACCACAUAGCCCUCGAAUUCGAUACUUCAUUAACCAUCGAUGGCCUCCAAAGAUAUCAGCAUGAAUGGGAACGCGAUUUCGAAGACAAUCUUGUAGGAGUCUACCCUGAUUAUCCUCAUGGCUUGGACAAAACGACUAAGUGGAAAUAUGACGGGCUGGCUACGGCCAUGAAGAGCUGGAGGUCGUCCCCGGAUACGAGGCUCUGGCUCGUGGAUCGUCGACUGCGCCUUAAGCAUACCGCACUCGACGCGAAAAAAUCCUGUUGGGCAUUUGAUGAAAUUGAUGAAAUUGAUGAAAUUGAUGAAAUUGAUGAAAUUGAUGAACCCAGCCACGAGCGUCUCAUUUUUGAGGCCGAAGACAGCUCAUAUGUCGGUCUUCCGAACAUUUGCGCUUGGGAAUUUUGCGAGUACGAAGAUCAGACAAACUUAACGACGAGAAUAUGGGGCUUCAUAUCCGAGUUGGAUGAAAUUGCCGAGCAACAGCUGUUGAUGGAGAGAAACGAACAUUAUCAAAUCGGAGCCCAUGCUGACUUCCAUACUUUCGGUAUUUUGGUCUGUAAGCCUAAGCACUGA